ACCUCCCUCUCACGGACUAGAAGAAUAAAACAGAUCACAUGUAGGAUAUUUAGUUUUCUGUUUCUGUGCAUGUUUGUGGUUGAGAAAAGAGGACCCUUAUUGCCAAAGACAGGCAGCGGGUCAGGAAGAUGAUCAGGUAUACACUUCUACUCAUCCUUGCUGCACUGGUUGCAGUACAUGGAGAAAAACCAAAAUGUCUAAUCAGCGCUCCUAACAUAGUCCACCUGGGGGUGGAGGAGACAGUGACAGUACAGCUCCACAAAGCCACCGAUCCUGUACAAAUCACUCUGUACUUUCGUCCUCAACUGGUCGAUGAUGCCGUUUCUGAAAAGAAGGUUAUUAUUCUUAACAAAGACAACAACUACCAGGCUGUCGUUAAACUUAAGAUAAAUCCUACACAGUAUGAAACGGCAUUGAAAGAAGCAAGAAAGAACCAAGAAAGAACACCACAAAUCCGAUUGGUGGCAGAAAGCAAAGAACUUUUCAGCUUAAAUGCAUCUGUCCAAAAGCAUUUUGGAAGCAUAAUAUUAAUUCUAUCUAAAAGAAAGGGGUAUAUCUUCAUUCAAACAGACAAACCGAUCUACAAUCCAGGAGACGAAGUCAAAUACCGCAUCUUCACAUUGGACAACUAUUUGAUGCCCACUCAAGAAACUGUCAAUGUCAAGAUUUUUAACUCCAAAGGUCUGCUUGUCUACAACCAGGCUCUCUACUCAGCAAACAUCCUCCAGAGGAACAUAUUGAUCCCUGACGUUGAGAUGGCUGGACAUUGGAAGAUUGUUGCUACUUUUCCCAACCAUCCUAUGUCCAACUCUUCAGUAGAGUUUGAAGUCAAGGAAUAUGUUCUCCCUACAUUUGAGGUGAAGAUAGAAGCAUUGAAGCCAUAUUAUUUACUUAAAGAGGAAUACUUUAAAUUCAACGUCUCUGCUAGGUACACUUAUGGCAAAGGUGUCAAUGGCAUAGCUUACUUUAGAUUUGGACUGAUCGAUGUAGAAGGCAACAGAACUCAUCUUAUUGGACUGGAAAAUAAGACUUAUAUUAAAAAUGGCAUCACCAGCAUUACCCUGCCAACUGAAGACUUACGUGGGAAAGCUGAAAAGCAAGGCAUCUCACAUAUGGAAGGGUACCAUCUGUACAUCGCUGUUACAGCUUUGGAAACAGCAAGUGGAGAUCUAGAGGAAGCUGAGAGUACAUCUGUAAAGUUAGUGAUGUCACCAUAUGUCAUUGACAUGUCUAAGACAAAGGAGUAUUUCACACCAGGAGGAAAGUUCUCUAUUCUGGCCACCACCACCCACCCAGAUGGUUCCCCAGCCCCAUACCUUCGUAUGAGGGCUUCACUUUCAGUGACCUCUGCAGGAGGCACGGUGGAUUCAGCUGAGAUUAAGGGAUCCGGUAACUCUAAGGGGGAGUCUGUGCUCGUAUACCAAGUGCCUGAACUGGCCACAUCUAUAGAUGUCAAGAUGUUUGCUGAGGGAGAGGAGGACGUGAUAGUGACCGAUGCCAAAAUGACAUUGUCAGCAGUCCAGUCUAAAGGGAGGAGCUACCUGAGUGUAGAGAUAGAACACGUGACCCUGGAGCCUGGAGGAGCCAUGACAGUCACUCUCAGAGACAUCACCCCCCCUGGCUUACAGCCAACAUACAUCUACUACAUGGUCUUGAAUAAAGGCAAAGCAAUUGAAAUAAACCGGGUCCCAAGGAAGAAGCUGACCACCUUCAGUCUGCCCUACAGCGUUGACCUGGUCCCCUCCUUCAGAUUGGUGGCCUACUACUUCAUCCAGACGGACCAUAAGACCACCAUAGUGGCCGACUCCGUAUGGGCUGAUGUCAAAGACGUCUGCAGAGGACAGAUAGAGAUUCUUCCAUUUAAAAGGGAGUAUAAACCGUCUGACUUGGUUGAUGUAAUGGUCCGUACUGACCAGGGAGACCAGGUGGCCCUGGCUGCUGUGGAUACGGCAGUCUACAUCCUCAACAAGAACAACAAACUCACUCCUCAGAAGAUGUUUGCGUACAUGAACUCCUAUGACCUGGGGUGUUCUGUAGGAGGAGGCAGAGACUAUGGGUCUGUGUUACAAGAUGCUGGGCUGGCUUUUAUAACAAACUGGGAAGAUUCAAACAACCGUGUGAGAAAGGAUUACUCCUGUAGCCACAGAAGCAGACUGAGGAGAGCCCUUAACGAUCAUCCGUCUUUCUCCAAUAUCAUCAACAGAUAUCAGAACCGGGAGGAGAAAGUGUGUUGUCAGGACGGGACCAAGUUGAACCCCCGUCUGUCCUGUGAGGGACGUCAUUUGAAAACCGCCCACAAGUCUGAGCUGUGUCGCGCCGCCUUCCUGCAGUGCUGCAAGGCCGCCACCAAAAUGAGGAAAAUCUCCAAUCAUGCCAGGAGGACAUACAGUCUGGCUAGAACUGAAGGACAUACGGGUGAUGAGGAGGAUGUCCUGGACGAGGUGUCGGUUCAUCUUCGCUCUUACUUCCCUCAGACCUGGAUGUGGGAUGUUGUCGACGUGGGGGACUCCGGUCUCCUAAGACACAGUGUUGCUGUCCCUGACUCUAUCACUACCUGGGAGGUUCAAGCAGUUGGAAUCUCUCAAAGAAAAGGGUUUUGCAUAGCUGAACCUAAGCCUCUGGUGGUGUUCCAGGAUUUCUUUGUCUCUGUCAUUCUGCCCUAUUCUGUGAAGAGAAAUGAACAGCUGCAGGUGAAAGCUGUGGUGUACAACUACAAAAGUGACAGUAUGGAGGUGACAGUGGAGCUGGCGUGGGUGGAGGGUCUGUGCAGUGCAGGUGGAGAAAGAGGGGAAAAGCAGGUGGUGACAGUUCCUGGUAACUCUGCUGUCCCUGUGUACUUCACAAUUGUUCCCCUGGUCAUUGGAAACAUCCCAAUAAAUGUAGAGGCCUACAGUAAGAAGGCGCGCGACCAGAUCAGGAAGGAGCUCCGAGUCACGGGGGAGGGGGAGCUGGUCUCAAUACAACAGGAAUACAACAUUGAUGGAAAAGCUGCCAAUUCAGUCGAGAUUGAAAUCCCACUUCCUUCUAAUGCUGUCGUUGGGCAGGAGUCUGAUGCCUACGUCAGUGUCAAGGGGGGCGUGAUGGGAGAGUCUUUGGAGAACUGUCUGGACCUGAAGGGAGUGGACCGCCUCAUCGCCCUGCCCAAGGGCUGUGCAGAGCAGACCAUGGUCACCAUGUCUCCGGCCAUUCACGCCAUGAAAUACCUGGAUGCAACAGAGCAGUGGAUUGAUCUGAGGGCUGAACGCAGAGACGAAGCCCAGGCCAUGAUACAGAACGGAUACAGCAGAAUCCUGAGCUUCAAGAAAACAGAUGGAUCGUAUGGAGCAUUCCUGUCGACGCCAAGCAGCGUUUGGUUGACAGCCUUUAUAGCCAAGGAACUUUCCCAGUGUAGAGAUGUGAUUACAGUAGAGGACUCCUACAUCAAGGAAUCCAUCUCCUACCUGGUGUCUAAACAGCUGACAACCGGGGCCUUUACUGACCCUAACCCUAUUUAUGACCGCACCAUGAAGGGUGGAGUGGGAGUGUUCGAGGGAGAGGUGUCCCUGACGGCGUUCGUUCUGAUAGCCUUGCAUCAUACUCUGCCCAUGUAUGCUGAGGGAAAAGGAUCAGAAAUGAGGUAUGCUAUGGAGCUGGCCAAGACCUACUUGGAGUCAAAGCUGGAUUCCCUUAAGAUGCCCUUCACUGUAGCGAUCAGUUCCUACGCCCUCUCUCUAACCUCCCCCGGCAGGCAGUUGGCUCAGACCAAACUCCGGGCCAUGGCACACUGUGAUCAAGAUACAUGUCACUGGAAGGCUGAUGACACUCUGACACCGGGUAAUGGGACAAAGCCCCAGGCCGAAGCCCUGUCUGUAGAGACCACAUCCUAUGCCCUGCUCCAGACCUUGGCAGAGGGAGACUUGGGCUAUGCCACCUUAAUAGCCCGUUGGCUCACUAAGCAGAGGCAGUAUGGAGGAGGCUUCCGCUCCACUCAGGAUACCGUUGUAGCUCUUGAGGCAUUAGCUAAGUACAGCAUCCAGAACAAUGAUGUUCAGGGCUUGAACCUUAACGUUGAGAUUUGUCAACAAAAGUGGAAGCAAGAACUUAAAAUUACAAAGCGCAAUGCGCUGACGCUCUCUGCCUUCCAGGUGAAACCAGGAAGCCAGAUCACCAUUAACACAGUGGGGGAGGGAAACGGGACUGUAACAGUUGUUCACACUUACAGGACUCUGGAGGGGAUCGGCAUGUUCUGUGAUCUCUACAGUUUCAAUGUCUCAGUGGAGGGAGAGGUCACGUACAGCAAGAACAAGGACGACGUUCCUGAGCUGGACGACUAUUAUAACUAUGAGGCUGAGGAGAAUGGGAACCCCGGUGAUGAGCCCAUGAGCAGGAUGGAAUGGUUUGAUCUGCGCACACGCAGGAAGAGACAUGCCCCCCAGGAAGAGGAGCGGGAGAGCUCUUUAGUCUACAGUGUUUGUGUAGGAUUGACCAGUGCUAUAUCUAUAGGCAUGGUCAACGUGGACAUCUCCCUUCUGAGUGGACUCAAACCAAUCAUACAGGAUCUGGAGGAGAAUGUAAAGGGUACCGAGAAAUACAUUGACCAUUACGACGUCACCCCAAACAAAGUAUUCCUCUACUUCGCCAAGAUUACAGAGGAGCCGCAGUGUGUACAUUUCCGUGUGAAACAGCUCAGUCCCAUGGGCCUGGUGCAGCCGGGAGCUGCUGUGGUCUAUGACUACUACAACCCCGAGAGAAGAUGCACAGUGUUCUACAGUGCCCCCCAGAAGAGCAACAUGAUCUCCAAGAUCUGUCAAGACAGUGUGUGCUCCUGUGCCGAGGGUGCCUGCCCGAAGAGGAAAGUCACAUAUAGUAAAGAUAUGGAGAAAGAGACUCGCAGGAGCUUUGCGUGUUUCUCUCCCAUAGUGAAUUAUGUGUACAUGGUCAAGAUUGUUAAAUCAUACGAUGAUGGAGUCUUCACACAUUAUACAACAUUGCUGACCAAAAUCCUCCAGACAAGUAAAGACAUGGUGCAGAGUGGAGCUCAGAGAAACAUGAUCAAGCGUAAAGCCUGUGAUGAGUUUGACAUGAAGACUGACAGGAACUACCUGAUCAUGGGGAGAGACAGGUCCAUCUCUGACAUCUCUGACCACAGUGGGAAUCCUGUCUAUUUGCUGAGUAACGAGAUGUGGAUCGAGGAGAUUCCAGAUGAGAGAAAGUGUCAGGCCACUAAAAACCGUAAAGCCUGCAACAUGCUCAAGAACUUCAUGGAACAGUACGAGCUCAGCCAGUGUUUAAUCUGAACCAUGGUCGCCUUCACUGAACUUACAUAACAGAUAUAAUAUAUAGAACAAAUGAGCUUUGAAGAAUAGGGAAAGUACAAAUCCAAUGUAAUGUUUUGGCACCAUGUAAUAAGAGCUGAAAUGAAGCAUCCAAUGUCUCUCAAAUCAUGUGCAUAGAUGUGUUUAAUCCUUGUUAGUGAGUGUUGCAUGAAAUGGAACUCGGUAACAUUUUGGAAGUUGUUGCAUAAUGCAUUGGAAUUUAUGUUCAAAAUGUAUCUCAUAAAUGUGACCCAGAUGAUGGUCAUGGUCAGGGACACUGACUAACAGAGGGAUUAAAGCUUCACAUUUUAUAGUAUGUAUAGAGGAAAGCAGAACUAACACUCAGUAACUCUAUAAACCAUGUGCUUUUAUUACCAGUGCAUAUUCACACAGAAAACAGAAAGAAGAUUGAGUGACAUAUUGUUGAAACACAAAGUUACAGAUACUGGUUAUACUGUGUGUAACAUUCCUCAAUAAAACAACCUGUGACUGGCUA